CUGACAUUAAUCAUUCAAUAGUUAUUACUUUUUUCAGGAACCCAAAUCAUCAACAGCUUUGGUAUAUUUACUUGGUAAGGAAAGUGGACAAGAAGCCAUUCCAACUCCAAAAAUAGUUUGCAAAAAUGACGAGUUUCAAUUAUUAAUCGUCGAUAUUGCAACUACCCUUGUAAAUGCAUGUAGCAUUGAGCAACUUGAUAAGAUGCCAGUGAAGCUCUCUGAAAGUUUGCAGAUUUACUUUAAAAAGCUUUGGCUGGAAGUUCACUCACCAGUGUUUUCAGGCAAACUGAGUUCACUUAGGAGAAGCAGUCUAGCUGAGAGCAUUUUCAGGAUGUCAAUGAAUGCAUCUGAUCAACUACAGAAACCUCUUACAAGAAAUAUUAUUAGGAGAAGCAUUUUUGGAACAGAUAUAACUACCUUUGAAAAUUUCAUGUUGAAUCACUGGGAAAUGCAGCCUUUAUACUUAGCAAGGUGUUCAAAACUUCUACAAGAGCAAGAUGAUAUUUUCAGUUCCAUCAAAAAGACAUUAGCUUUUGAUGAGAAUUUUCAAGAUCUUUCAUUGUUCCUUCAGAAACUCGUCUCAUGCCCUCCUAUUACUUCAGAUGAGCUAGACAUCCUCGGUUAUCUCGAGGAAGCGAGAUGUCAUCUCGGUUUGCCUAUAUCCUACCAGCAAGACAUACGGGUUCUAAAAACCGAGCAUAUGAAAGGUGAGGUGCAUUAUUUUCAGGAGGAUUCACAUAUUCUCUGCAAACAUGAUAUAUUGAGAUGUGAUCGAGCAUUUGAAGAUGGUUACACAAUCGCUCUCCGAGGAAUGGAGUUCAGGCUUAAGAAAAUCGCAGAAAUUGUUGACGGAUUAGCAUCUCUCUUUGGCCAACCAUCGGCGGGUAUUAACAUGUAUAUCACACCACCUAAUUCUCAAGGUUUAGCCCGACAUUACGAUGAUCACUGUGUCCUCGUUGUCCAACUCUAUGGAGUGAAGAAAUGGACGGUUUAUUGUAAGUCUGGUCCUGAUUUACCACGGCUUUAUGGCUCUUUUAAUAGCCUGAAUGUUAUGGAGGCUAGCAAUUUGAGUGGAGACGAUACAUGCUUGCAAUAUUUGUUGAAAGAAGGUGAUGUAUUGUAUAUACCUAGGGGAUUCCCCCAUGAGGCCCAUACAGUUGUAGACAAUGAUAUGACUCGAUCGUCGUUGCAUCUCACACUUUCUCUCGAAGUGGAACUUCCUUUUGAGUGGGAGGGAUUUGUUCAUGUUGCAUUCUUUAGUUGGAACCACAAACAGAAUAAGUCCGAUCAAUCUUCUUCCGAUCCUUUGUCUACGAUUCUUAACGAUCUUGCUCUGAAGCUAGUUCAUGUUUCUAUAAGUCUCCUAGCCAACAGCUAUCCCACCUUUCAGAAAGCUUGUUUGGUCGGGGCAGUUCCAGAACCAUCAGAUAGUUGUGACUGGCUUAGCACAAACCAAAGGGAAAUAUUUAGAGAAUUGAUUAAACAGGUCGAAGCCGAAUCAAACUUCUUGUACAUAGUAAAACACAUGUCAAGUUCUCUCGAGAAGAAUGAAGAUCCAUUGCAACAACUAAGAUGGCUAAGGAACCUAGAAGACGAUUCUGCGGAAAAGCAUGUUUCACUAGCGAACGAACAUAUUAUUUUGUGCAAUCGUUAUAAAGAUGAGGCGGGAGCUGCGUUUUGCCAGGUAAAAUCUAGGUUUUGUAGUGAAGUGGUGUUUGAUGAGGCUAGACCAUAUUAUAUACAAUUGCUUAAAAAGUAUAGGAAGACUAGGGAGAAAUAUAUGAAUGGGAUGCUUUUGGGCUUUGCUGAUGCUGAUUGUCUUAUGUGAUGAAUAUGGAUAUGCUAUAGAUGUCGCAUUUGACAUUUUUUGGUUUUAUUUGAACCUAAGUUUAAAAGAACAAGUGUUGGCAGAACUGUACUAAUUUUAGGGUCACCAAUUAUGUUUCUGUUUCAGUUCCAUUUUCAUUUU